UCUUUCUAAUCUGAAUGAAAAUAGUAAAAGUUUGUAAACUAACGUAUAAAGAUAGAUAAAUUAAAGCAAAAACUCUUAAUGGCCGCAGCUAUUUUGAGUUACUAAUGAUAUGCGCAUAUUUGAGCCAAUGGCUUUUCAUUAAGCGCAUCAAUAGCCCGAAGUAAGUCUUCUAGUGAUUAAAAAUCAAUUUUCAAGUUAAACUUUCUAAAUUGAGCUGCGGCUUUGAAUUGUUAACAUUUAUAUGACUUCUGGUCACCAAAUCAACGACAACGACAAUAAGAAGCUUUUCGAAAUUUCAAAACAUUGAAAUUCAAAUGACUUGCGUGAUUUCGUAUUGUUGGUACAAUAAUAAUUCAAGUCCAGAUAACAUAUAUACGGCUGUGUUUAAUUAUUCCAAGUUUGUUAAGCAAAGUUAAGCCAAUUCUCUUCAAACAAUGUCUCAAUUGCCUGGUUUUGUUAAGAGAAUAUUUACCAUCCACCGCAAAAUGUUAUUAGGCCAAGUAAAGGCAAAAUAUAUUACAAGAAGCCUUUUCACUUCAUCAAUUUUAUUCAAGAAAGUUUCUUUCAAUUUAUCCGAUAUUGGUGAAGGUAUUCGGGAGGUUGUAGUGAAAGAAUGGUUCGUCAAAGUUGGUGAUAAAGUCUCACAAUUCGACAACAUUUGUGAGGUACAAAGUGAUAAAGCUUCAGUGACAAUAACAAGUCGAUAUGACGGAGUUAUUAUAAAGCUUCAUUAUCAAAUUGAUGAUACUGCUUUGGUUGGUCAACCUUUAGUGGAUUUGGAAACAGAUGAUAAAAUUGUUUCAGAAAAAGUUGAAGCGAUUGAAUCCGUGGAAGUAAAAGAGACUGUCGAUAAUAGCAAACAGAUUCUGGAAACACCAGUGACUUCUGGCACAUCUUAUGAAGGAAACACAGUGUUAUGUAUUCCGUCAGUGCGCCGACUGGCAAAAGAACAUAGUCUAGAUUUAACAGCAGUUUCUGGAACCGGAAAACAUGGCCGAGUAUUAAAAGAAGACGUUUUAAAAUACUUGGAAGAACCCAAAAGACCAGUUUCGUCGAAAACUCAAUCACCAGCAAUUCCAAGGAAUAACGAAAAAGGAUCUGAUGAAGAACUUCGGAAAGUUGAACCAAUUAAAGGCUUCACCAAAGCAAUGUUUAGGACUAUGACGGAGGCUUUGGCGAUACCACAUUUUGGCUACAGUGACGAAAUUAAAGUGACUAAACUAUCUGCACUAAGAAAGGAAUUAAAGGCGCUUCCCGACCUUGAUGUGAACAUCACAUUUUUGCCGUUUUUUAUAAAAGCCGCAUCAAAUUCUUUGAAAAAAUACCCGAUUAUCAACUCGUCCAUUGAUGAGAAAUGCGAAAAUAUUAUUUACUGGAAACAGCAUAACAUUGGAGUGGCGAUGGCUACCAAUCAAGGCCUCGCUGUUCCAGUUAUCAAAGACGUUGAAAAUCUAACAAUUUUAGAAAUAGCCAAAGAACUGCAAAGACUUAUACAAAGCGGAAAAAACGGCACCUUUUCUCCCAGUGAUUUAAGCGGAGCGACUUUUUCUAUUUCCAAUAUUGGAAUUGUAGGAGGAACAUAUACAAAACCUGUAAUUCUGCCUCCUCAAGUUGCAAUCGUUGCUAUUGGAAUGACUCAGAUAUUGCCCCGAUUUGACGAGGUAGGAAAUGUAGUAAAGGAAGAAAUAAUCAACAUAAGUGGUUCAGCAGAUCACCGGAUUAUUGACGGCGUCAGCAUGGCGAGUUUUAUAAGGAAUCUGAAGAAACUAAUCGAAACACCAAGUUUACUGUUUUUGAAUCUGUGAGGAUGUGGAAGAUGGCCAUAAUAAAGACGUUUUAUAAAUAAA